AGUAAAAUCACUCAACAAAACCACCACACACCACAUAUUUUAUAAUUUUCAUCUCAAUUCGAUAUUUUUAUUUUGCAACCUUUAGUAACAAUUGAAACCUUAAGAUGGAAUUGAAAGCCUUGAUUAUAAGUGUUUUAUUGGUGGUGAUUAGGGUUGGUGUGCAAGCAAGCCAAACAAAUAGCUUUUUUGGAGGCAGAUCAAGUGUUCUUAUUACAAAUGAUUUGCCAGCUCCUAGUAAACUCAUUGUGCAUUGCAAAUCAGGAGAUGAUGAUUUAGGUAUACAAAAUCUUCCAACUGGAGGACAAAAAUAUUGGACAUUCAGACCGAACAUUUUUGGAACAACUUUGUUUUAUUGCUAUUUCAAUUGGGACAAUAUGGUAAUGAGUGUGGAGGUUUUCAAUGAUAAGCAUGAUGGUGGAGAGUGUACCGGACACUGUUUGCGAAGUGUUAGAAAAGAUGGAAUCUAUUUUCUAAAUGCCAAGGAUGGUUUAUGGGAAAGGAAAAAAUCAUGGACGCCUCAAAAUUCAAAAAAUAUAGUUAAUUAUCAGUAAGUGAUAAAUAGAUUUCAAAUUACUAAACAACAUAUGUUGUAAUUUAUUUUAA